UAUUUAGUUUAAGGAUAUUUCUUAUUGUCCCUUGGACUCCCAAAGUGCCUCCAGGGGACAGGGAAGUGCAUCGUGUGUCUUCAGAUCAUUCCUGACUUCCUGGAUUUGAUGUCAGAGAAGUCUGACAUCAGCCUGAAGUCUGGCCUUGGUGGCCAGGGUUAUCGAUGAGUCAAACUACACUGCCUUUGCGCUUAAUGUCAUAUGAUACCAUAUUUUGUAAAAUAAUCUUUUUAUUUAUUUAUUAUUUUGAGAUGGAGUCUUUCUUGCUCCGUCGCCAGGCUGGAGUGCAGUGGCGCGAUGCUGGCUCACUGCGACUUCUGUUUUCUGGUUUCAAGCAAUUCUGCCUCAGCCUCCCGAAUACCUGGGACUACAGGCAUGCACCACCACUCCCAGUGAAUUUUUUGUAUUUUUGGUAGAAACGGAAUUUCAUCAUGUUGGCCAGGAUGGUCUUGCUCUCUUGACCUCGUGAUCCGCCUGUCUCAGCCUCCCAAAGUGCUGGGAUUACAGGCGUGAGCCACCACGCCCGGCAAUAUCUACAUUUCUUAAGCCUCUGGCUCUUGGGGCUACUUUGGGUAGAACUGACAUGUUCCUCCUUUGGGUUCUCCUAGUGUUGUAUUAAAGCUCACAUCACACUGUAUUAUAGUUAGUUUGUCUGCCCUUUCACAGCAGUUUAUGAGCUUACAAAAAGCCUGGUCUACAUUUUACUCAUUUUGGAUUUCUUCCUCACCAAGAGACUGCUGCAGUGCUUGUCAUGUGACAGUGGCAUGGCCAUAUGCCCCACGCUUUCCUGCUGGGGUCCACCCAUGAGCCUGUAGGUGCCCUGAUGGAGCCUCAGCCCAGCCCUGGAAGCUUGGCUGAGAGCUUCCUGGAGGAGGAGCUUCGGCUCAAUGCUGAGCUGAGUCAACUGCAGUUUUCGGAGCCUGUGGGCAUCAUCUAUAAUCCCGUGGAGUAUGCGUGGGAGCCACAUCGCAACUACGUGACUCGCUACUGCCGGGGCCCUAAGGAAGUGCUCUUCCUGGGCAUGAACCCUGGACCUUUUGGCAUGGCCCAGACUGGGGUUCCCUUUGGAGAAGUGAGCAUGGUCCGGGACUGGUUGGGCAUUGGGGGGACUGUGCUGACCCCUCCCCAAGAGCACCCUAAGCGACCAGUGCUGGGACUGGAGUGCCCACAGUCAGAAGUGAGUGGUGCCCGAUUCUGGGGCUUUUUCCAGAACCUCUGUGGACAGCCUGACAUCUUCUUCCAUCACUGCUUUGUCCACAAUCUAUGCCCUCUGCUUUUCCUGGCUCCCAGUGGGCGCAACCUCACCCCUGCUGAGCUGCCUGCCAAGCAGCGAGAACAGCUUCUUGGGAUCUGUGAUGCAGCCCUCUGCCGGCAGGUGCAGCUGCUGGGGGUGCGGCUGGUGGUGGGAGUUGGGCGACUCGCAGAGCAGCGGGCACGACGGGCUCUGGCAGGCCUGAUGCCAGAGGUCCAGGUGGAAGGGCUCCUGCAUCCCUCUCCCCGUAAUCCACAGGCCAACAAGGGCUGGGAGGCAGUGGCCAAGGAAAGACUGAAUGAGUUGGGGCUGCUGCCACUGCUGUCGAAAUGAGCACCCCUGGGGCCUGGCAUCAGACACAUUCAAGACCUCAAAGUCAUUCUUGGGCAAACAGAUGACAACACAUCUCCUAGACUGGAGCGAAAGGUCCUCCUGUGCUCCCUGGUUGCUGGGAAACGUAGUCUUUGAUAUGUUGAACUGUCUUCCAACCUGCCGUGGCAGUUUUGACACUACCCUGGUUUGCCCUCCUGAUUCCUGCUUUCUUUUUUUGAGACAGAGUUUUGCUCUGUCGCCCAGGCUGGAGUGCAGUGGCUCAAUCUCGGCUCACUGCAACCUCCGCCUCCCAGGUCAAGUGAUUCUCCUGCUUCAGCCUCCCGAGCAGUUGGGGUUACAGGUGCCCACCACCCCGCCCUGCUAAUUUUUGUAUUUUUAGUAGAGAUGGGGUUUCACCAUCUUGACCAGGCUGGUCUUGAACUUCUAACCUUGUGAUCCACCCGCCUUGGCCUCCCAAAGUAAUGGGAUUACAGGCGUGAGCCACUGUGCCCAGCUGAUUCCUUCCUUUACCUUUGAACACUGUCCCUUUCAUGGUACCCCACUUUGUAGAGAAUCUGCAGAAGGUGUAUGUUUGCACUUGCAGACUGCUCUACCUCAUUGUUUCCUUGGGAGACUACUCAGCUGAGAGUGCCCUAGACAGUAAUUUUUAAGGUCACAUUUACUAUUUCAGAGGAAAUAUCUUGCCAGGAUACCUACCCAUCCUUAUAGAACAGCUGGCUUUGGCUGACCCCUUUCCUCACAGGGACCAAGACAUGAAAUUAAGAGUGAACUUCUUAUGGGAGGCUGCAGCUGGAUCAGAGGAAAAAUCCAGUGUGGCAGAGUGAAAGUCAGAAGACCUGAAUUUUCAUCCCAGCUUUGAGACUUGUGAACUUUUUGAUGGACAAAUUGAGAAACCUCUCCAUGCCUCAGGCUCCUCAUCUGUAAAAUGGGGAUGCUACCUUUUGGGGUUGGUGUGAGGAUUAAUUGCGAUAACACUUGAAAGUGCCUUGCAUGGGCCUGGCUUGUGGGUUCUCAUCACAGUGCUCUCUUUCUUGCCUCUGGGUUGGGGAUUCACUGCACUGCACUACAGUGGCAGCCCCUCUCCAUUCUGGAUACCUUGCUAGGGGAGAGUCUGGGCUUCCACCUGUGGCCAGGGUGCGGGUAAAGUUCUCAUCUUGUCAGAGAUGGAUCAAUGACUGAAAAACCUAGCCUGUGUUUUUUUUUUCACUCUAAGCAUUAAAAGCUCCUAAAGCCUUU